UUAUUGUUAUUAUAUUUACUAUCAAGAAAUAUAUUUUUCACAAUUUUUUUCGACCAAAUGACCAUAAUAGAUCUUAAAGAUGAUUCAUCAAUAAUGAUGAUGAUGAUGAUGAAGAAAACGACGGCAAAAAUGGAAUCAUUUUCAAAUCCAUCCUUAGCAAUAUCAUCGACACCUUUACAAUUACAAUCACCAACAUCUUUAUCGAUUAUCAAUAAUAAUAAUAAUAAUAACGAUAAUUAUAAUUAUUUGUGCAAUAAUAAUAAUAUAAAUGCCAAUAAUACCAAUACAAUAAUCUAUGGUGAUCGAUUGAUUAGAAAUGACAAUAAUCUAAUCGAUUCACAUUCACAAUCAUCAUCAUCAUCAUCUCUAAUGUUUAAUGAUCAACAGCAACAACAAGUAAAUAUUAUUGAAAUGAAUGAUAUUAUACAACAUGAUGAUGAUCAUCAAAAUACGAAUCAACAACAACAGAAUAAUCUACCACCAGUGAUAUCAUUGUUUAAAUUAAAAAAUUUUCUCUAUCAACCUAAAUUUAAAAAUUUACUAAAUACAACAACAACCAAUGUUAAUAAUAAUAAUGAUGAUCAAAAUGGAACUUCUAAUGGAACGUUGCCAGUGAAUGAAACAAUAUCAACAACAACGCCCGUUAUAAACAAUGAAAAUGAAUCUAUAACCAAUACAACGAAUUCUUCUGGAUUUGUAUAUGGAAUAAAUUCUUCUUCCAAUAUUAAUAAUAAUAACACUGAUUCAUUAUCGCCAAACAAUUCAACAUUAUUUAAUCGACAUCAUUCAAUAACAAAUUCCUUAAUACUAAUAUCUUCUUCAUUAUCAACAACAACAACAACAACAUCGACAGUGGCAUCAACAUCGACAGUUGGACAAAUUUUAACAAGUAUAGCUAGUAAUAAUAGUAAUAAUACUGUUAAUCUAAAUCCUUAUCAUCAUCAACAUGGUUUGUCGACCAAUGGCAGUAUAACUCCAUUUAAUCGAAAAUAUCAAUGUAAAAUGUGUCCACAGGUUUUCUAUUCAAAAGCCGACAUGCAACUACAUACACAGGUACAUAUGCGUGAAGCUAAGCCAUACCGAUGUACAGAAUGUACUAAAUCAUUCGCUAAUUCAUCAUAUUUAUCGCAACAUAGCCGGAUACAUUUGGGUAUCCGUCCCUAUCUUUGUGAAAUUUGUCUUAAAAAAUUUACCCAGCUAUCACAUCUGCAGCAGCAUCAACGGACUCAUACCGGCGAUAAACCGUAUAAAUGUCGUUAUGGAAAUUGUACUAAAGCAUUUUCUCAAUUGUCAAAUUUGCAGUCGCAUUCGCGUUCGCAUCAAACGGAUAAGCCAUUUAAAUGUAAUUCAUGCUAUAAAUGUUUUGAAAGUGAGAGGGCCCUUUUAGAACAUAUACCUAAACAUAAAGAUUCGAAACACUUGAAGACACAUAUUUGUCAAUAUUGUGGUAAAUCAUAUACACAGGAAAGCUAUCUACAAAAACAUUUGCAAAAACAUACGGAUCGUGCUAGUGGUGGUUCCGGUUCGGUGGCAACAACUACAUUGAAACGAAAUUCAUCAGCAUCGGCUCAGCAUCAUCAUAUUCACCAUCAACAACAACUUCAACAACAUUCCCAUCAACAACAACAAGGUGAUAAUGCAACCGCAGCAACCACUUCUUCUGGUAUACAUUUGAUCGAUAAUAAUAAUAUUCAUUAUUGGUCCAAAUCGAAUCCAAUUGAAUGUAACCUUAAUUCAUCACAAUUAUCAGUAACGAAUGCUAAUCGUCAACAAAAUCAUUGCAUUCUACCUAUAUCGACAUUCGAUCCAUCGUCAUCAGCGAUUUACGUUAAUAAUAAUGGUCUGGAUUUACAAAUGAUCGCCAAUAAUUCCAAUAAAUCAGCUACGACUAGUACAACAGCAUUUCCAUUACCACAAAAUUCCAUAAAUUCAUCAAAUAAUCAAACAUUUCGAAUGACGUCUUAUUUUCCAACGCACGAGCCAUUCAAUUUUCCGAAUAAAAUUUCUGGUAUGGAUACAAUCACCGGUAUGGUUGUAGCGACAAAUCCAAGUGGUAGUGUAAAUGUCAAUGCGAGUAAUAAAAAAUCAUCAUCAACAACAUCAUCUUCAAUUGUAACGAAUUUAUCAUCAUUAGAUAAGAAUGCUGCCGUUAAUCAGCCGAUUUCAUUUCCAAAUCAAUUGAUUGCAUUGAAUCAGAUACGUAAUUUUGUAAAUACAUCAACAUCCAACAUUGUUGGAACAACUAUUGUUGGUAAUGAACAACAACAACAACAACAUUCGAUCUCAUUGAAAGAAACGACCGAUUAAUGACAAUGACAACAAAAUAAUCAUCAUCAUCACCACUCAUUAAUUAUGUUAUCGACAAUGUUCAGUGUGUCUGUGAUUCAUCCUAUAUACCACUUUUAAUUAUUAAUAUCUCAUCAUCAUAAUAACCAUUUUGCUUCCAUGAAAAAAAAAGAUUAAAAUAAUAUA